AUGACGGUGCAAAUAGGGAGACCAAUUGGAAAUUGUAUGGGUGAGUGCAUAGAUGUGACUCAAGGACAAGAGGGAGAAUGUAUGGGUCGGUUUCUACGGGUGCCUGUUAAGUUGGAUAUUACCAAACCACUUAAACGGGGGACAAAGAUAUCUCUUCCCUCAGGACAACAGGAGUGGGUUGAUUUUCGCUAUGAGCGCCUACCGGAUUUAUGUUACAAUUGCAAGCGAAUGGGUCAUAUUAUGGGUGAUUUCACGUUUGUGGAUGAAGUAGUCAAAAGUGCAAAAGAUAAACCUUAUGGCUCCUUCUUAAGGGUGAUUCACGAUUUUGUGAAACCUUGGUCAACAAGCCCUAAGCGAGCACGUAAUUAA